AUGUGGCCCUUCGAUGAAGCAGUGCAGUGGCCAAUUCGAUUCGCACCACAACAAUCAGUGGAGUUGAGUACAACACAUAUCCAAGUGCCUCCAUGGCGAGCUAGUGCCGGUCGUCUGCUUCACGAUGUGUGCAACUACUGCACACGGAAUCCCCAUCUUGAAAACCUCGUACUCUUGGACCCCAUGUCACUAUCUCCGCUGUCCCCACUGACAAAUCUAAUGCAGCAGAAUGAGAGCAAAAGCGGACAAAUGACUGGAGUCCUUUGGAUGAGCCCUCUUCAAGCUCUCUCCCCCUUUUUUCAAGUGCCCAUUUCAACGAGUAAGUGUCCACCACCCAGUACUCUGCGUUACCUCACUGUGAGUGCUUUUGCAACCAACUGGGUGUCGUGGCUAUCACGAGUGGAAGUCUAUUCUUCGCUUGGAUUCUCACGUCCCCUACCGAAAUACGUGGCUGAUUCGGUGGCAGCUCAUAUUCUCCAGCCUUUUAGUCUGGGUUGUGGAGAAACUCCAAUACUCGAUCUUUACCCACUGUGGUUGCUUCGGAGUAUUCUAAAGUGGUCUCUUCAGCUGCCCACGCUCCUUUCCUGCCUACUCCAGUCAUGCAGAACCGGUGGGAACCAGUCGACCAAUCGCAUUCACACGUUCUUUCCUUUCACAGAUGUGGAUGAAAUUUAG